AUGUCACUACGGUCGUUCUUUAACACUAGCCACAGCAAUCAUGAUAAGGAUGCGAUAGCAGGAAAAGAUUUUGAUGCCUAUUUUCAAUCGCUUAUUGGUUCAAACAGCGAAAAGGCAGAAGAACAGAAAGGAAAAGCGAUAUCGAAGUUGUUGAAAGAAAAAAAUGUUCGUUUGUUGAGAUGUAUGGGGUUGGGACCACUGGGAUUUGUCUCCAACUCACUCCGAAAGGAUUGUUGGUAUGAAUUGUUGGCGUCGCAGUUGUAUAUUGAUGGUUCAGCAGAAUACAUUCCACCAGUAGAUAAGCAUAAGGACGAGGGACAGGUGAUUUUGGAUGCAGAAAGAUCUUUUGGUGGGAUUUCCAACAAGAACUUAAAGUUACAAUUGAAAGCGUUGCUGGUGGAACUGAUCACCGGUAUACUGAGAAAGUACCCGACUUUAAAUUAUUACCAAGGUUAUCAUGACAUUGUAUCUGUCUUCAUCAUAUGUUUUAGUUCGAAUGUUGUGGAAGAUAAUGCGCUAGAAUGGAAGACCCUCUCAUUGCGAGAUCAAAUCGACAUGGAAAGAUUAUUUUAUUGUGUUGAAUCAUUUACGUUAUUAUAUUUGAGAGAUUUUAUGAUGGACUCGCUAGAUUUCUCAUUUGAACAGUUGAGAUUGAUCUCUUCAUUGAUAAAGGAGUCUAAUCUGAAAUUCUACAACGUAUUCAAAUUCGACGAAAAUGAACCCCUUUUCGCCAUUGGAUCCAUAUUGACAAUCUUCGCACACAAUUUGAAACCGAUUAAUAGCGGCGACACCAAUCUUCAUAAAAUUCUUUUCCAGAUAUUUGAUAUGACCAUAUCCUUGCAAUCCAUGCAUAUACCCUUGAUCAUAUACAAAAACUUGCUUUUGCAAAAUGCGCCUGAAAUUCUGAAGCACAUAGAAGCUAAUUCUGAUGUUUUCGAAAACGACUUCGAUUUGCGUCAUGGUGCCAUACAAACGGUUUUACAAGAAAAACUAUGUGAUGAAUCGCUUUGGGAGGAAGUCCUGCAGAUAACUAGAGACCAUUCCACAAGCGCCAGCAAGAAGGUCUUGAAAAGGGUGCAUCUAAACAAAUAUAGCACGUUGCUGAAUACAGCGUAUGGCAAGCCUAGAAGUUUCGAUAUGGAUACCAUCAUAUUCUAUCUAAACGAACAAACAAAAAUGAACGAGCGUUAUAAGAAGGAAAAAUACCGUGGAGUCACCACUAAAUCGAAGACGAGGGCUUUAUUCAAGCGACUUGGCCAUUUUUUACCCUCCAAAUAUAACAAGUUGGGUAAAAUUUCUUUAUUAAUUGGAAUUCUAGCUAUCCUGUACCAAUUGCAGACUACGAGGUCACUGAGUUUAUUGCUCAGUCUACGGUACAUGAUUUCUACAAAGUUGAAAGAGUUGUCGCAUAUGCAUAUGAAUUUGCAUGACGUCAAUCACAUCUGGAUGGAUCCAAUAAAGGACAUUUUGAAGCUGGGGCAUCAAAAUAGAUAA